AUGCAGGAAUCCAGGAACCCGGCCUCCAGGCCCAAUCGUCGCAGAGGUGGUGGCAGCAAGUCGAUGUCGACAAGGGCGCCUCGCAACGAAGGCAUCUCGGGAACUGCCCCCUUGAACUCAACUCGCCUCUUCAGUGCAGUUUCUCAGCCUGCGCUUACGAUAGCCGUUCCAGCAGACACUCCAAAGUUUGCUGAUCUGGCCAGUGAGAAGCUCAUUAAUCCUCUCCUUCUAGAGACGAUCACACAAGAUAUGAAGUUCAAUCACAUGACCCCCGUCCAAGCAGCAACACUGCGCCCGCUCCUCACGGAGCGCAAAGACAUGCUUGCACAGGCAAAGACAGGCACGGGCAAGACUGUGGCCUUUUUAGUCCCUUUACUGGAAACCAUGUUUUCAAGGAAGCGCAAGCCAGGCCAGAACAUCUCUGGUCUCGUCAUUUCACCCACCAGAGAACUGGCUAUGCAGAUUGCCAAUGAGGCGACAUCCCUAUUACAGCGUAUGCCGCAGUACAAAGUCUGUAUCGCCAUCGGUGGAACCAACAAGGGGUCGGAGGAGCGGUCGAUCCUUCGCGGAUGUGAUUUGUUGAUCGCGACUCCAGGCCGGCUGCUUGAUCAUCUCAAGACGGAUGCCGGCGACUACAGCGCUGUUCACGAGAGACUUCAAUUCCUCGAUACUAUCGUGUUGGACGAAGCCGACAGGAUGCUUGACAUCGGCUUUCUUCCAGCUUUGAAGCAAAUCAUCAACUGUCUCCCGAACAAGGAGUCAAGCGAAAGACAAGGGAUGCUUUUUUCUGCAACUAUCACCGACCAACUCAAGAGUGUUGCCCACAUCGCGCUCUCCAAGGAUUAUACCUUCAUCUCCACCAUCCCAGAAGGGGAGGCGGGCACACAUGAACGUGUUCCCCAGCACCUUGUCGUAGUGCCUACCUUCUCUGACAUGGCUGCCGGCCUCGUUGGUGCGCUGCGCCAAGAAAUUAGCCAGGUUGGAACAGACUCGUUCAAGACGAUUGUAUUUGCGCCGACUGCGGCGCUCGUAGACUUCUACGCCGAGAUCCUCCAGAAGACUCCUAAUCUGCCAUCUAUCAUUGCCUUGCAUUCGCGCAUGACCCAAUCCAAGCGUACCCGAACCACCGAAGAGUUUCGUAGUGCCAAGAAUGGAAUCUUGCUUGCUACCGAUGUCAUUGCGAGAGGCAUGGACUUCCCAUCUGUCACCAACGUGUUCCAGGCUGGAAUACCAGCUGAUAGAGAGUCUUACAUCCAUCGUCUUGGCCGAACUGCUCGUGCUGGCGCCGAGGGACGUGGGACUUUUAUCAUCACCACACACGAGAAGUACUUCGCGGACUACAAACUCAAGGAUGUCGCCUUCACCAAGUCCGAGGCCGAUCUCAGUGCCAAGAACGACGUCCUUCGUGUCGCCGAAAGACUCGAUCCCGAUGUCCAGGCCAAGGCCUACCAGUCGUGGUUAGGUUAUUACAAGGGCCCCAUCAAGCAGCUUCAGUGGUCUGUCGAUCAGCUCGUCAAGGAAGCGAAUGCGUUUGCAGUCAACGGUCUUGGCGCAGCUGAGGUCCCGACUUUGAGGAAGAGCACUGUUGGCAAGAUGGGUUUGAAGGGAGUCAGGGGACUUGUUGUCGGGCCGGAUCCGCCCAAGGAAUCACGCGGUGGCAGAGGUGGCGGCGGUGGGGGAGGGGGACAGGCUAAACGCCAGAGGAUGUAG